AAGUCACUCGAAAGAUCUUCAACCAACAACACGCACUAACUUUUACUUGUUCAAAAUUUAUCUUGGGAUUGGAAGAAGUGCACAGAAAAGGUAUAAAUCAUCAGCUGCUCAUCAAUCAAGUGGGAGGCUUAGUGCACUUAAUGGUAAAUGGUUAAAUGGACAAAAAAUUGCAUUAUUUUGAGAUAGACUGUGCGGUGAGUGUCGUUCAAUGCUUUGGAGGAGAGAUAAAAUGACUCUUGUCAAUGGGAUUUUUGUGUAUAUGUAUAUGGUUAAAUGUGCACGCGCGAAAGGAGUUCUGCAACUUUGCAAUUUUCUUUAUGUGCUUUUUUUUCGAGCAAAUAGAUUUUUCAUGAUUGGCGGAGGGGAUGGAAAAAAGCCACUUUGCCAAGGCAAUGAACGAAGGAGUCUCUCAGACACUGCUAAGAUUUCCAAGUAAAACACCUUUAAAUACAUAAUGUUUUAUUUUAUAUAGUAUAUACAAAAAAAAAGUGCCUUGUGGGGGGAAAGGAAAGACUGUUAAAAAAAAAUCUUGCACAGUUCACCUACCGUUUCGCGAAGUGAAUUUUUACCAUCACGCUCAGUUUCAAGCAGGCAUUCAAGUCUUUUACCGCCACAUGUGAUUCAGUUCAAUUUAAACUGUGCGGACAGUCGGUUGGUCUGGGCAGCUGAAACGUAAUCUUUCUCCUGCCUUCUCUUUGACUAUAACUCUUUUAACCUGACCAUAAGUUGUGCUAUUAUAGUUAUUACACCUUUGAUCGUAUUAAGUGACUGUGUGCUGUGAGUGGAAUUUUAUAUUUUGUGGCACAAAAGAAAAAAAAAAGAAAUGUUGUGAGAGAGAAAAAGAAAGUAAAUCGAUUUUUAUGUUUUGAAAAAAAAAGACUCCAAAAAGUAUUGGUUAGACCUAUUACGAAAAUCCGUUUUUUUUAUUCCUUCCCUCCCAAAUCACCUUAAGAAAAAGUGAACACUAUGGAUUUGCAAAAUUUUCCACUGUAGAAACUUAAAAGAAAAAAGAAUGAAAUCUGUAGAAUAGGAAAUUCUUUGGAUUGUUGUGAAAAAAGAAAGAAAGAAAAAUUCUUGAGUUUCCGCUAAAGAAGUGAAAGACUUGUGUGACCAAACAGGAGAGUGAUGUGAUUAAAUUGUGAAAUUUAAUUAAAAAAGAAGAAGGAAAUUCAGUGAAAACCACUUUCAGUGCUGUGAUAUGACAGAGUUCAGCGACAUUAAUAUAUAACCAUUUGCCCAACGUGGAAUUGGAGAAGGAAGUGAAGAUAAGAAAUUGCACAUUGAGGAGGACUUGAAGUAAAAGCCACUAACAUCAUUGAGAUCAUCAACGUUGUCUAAUCUCAAGGUGAACAUUACACCAUGAGACUGAUCCACCUCCUACUGGUCGUUGCACUCUUCAGUCUGUUUGGAAUUGUCAAUUCACAACAGCGAAGAUCAUGGCACAGUAGCUGGGAUGAUUUUGACAGAGACAAAGAUCCUGUAGAUCUUCCAGAAUAUGAAGACUAUGGGUAUGAAAAAAUUGUAGAUACUAGGGCUGUACGUGCAUAUGCGCCAAAUGCACACUUUACAAAGAAAAGUGACGAUGCCAAAGUGUCGCAAGACAAAGAAAAUGGAACGAGUGUAGGAGUAAAAGUAAGAGGUAGAGGACGGUUUCAACCCUCCUCCCCAAGAUCUGACUCAACUACGAGAGCCACAGAGACAACGUCGCGAGUGUCAAAGUAUUCACGAAAUCGACAAGUCAAUGUACCAAAUCGACCUUAUACGACAACACAGAGACCAAGAAAUACCCCAGAAAGCCAAUACAGUUGGCGAAAAGAUGUAAUUUAUGAGAAGACAGACGAAGAAAGUAAGAAUCCUCCGAGAAGAUACGAACCUCGUAGUCGAACUAAGGGAACAACAGAGACAAGUUCACGUAGACAGAAUGAGACUCCAUCGAGUCCAAUAAGGUCACGUGGAGGAUAUGCAACAAUGGUGAAAAACAAGACGAGAGAUUCAAAGGAACUUCCUAGAAAAGAAGAAAAGAGAACGUAUAAUCCGGUAAAUCGUGGAAGUCGUAGGGGUAGAAUUGUUACAACAACUGAAUCAAUAGCUACGACUGCAGUUAAAUUUGUGCCAACAACUACAACUUCAUUACCAUAUACAACAAGGAGUGAAAGUCCCACAACAACUCCUAGAAAAUAUCCAUCAACCACACCAUCACCUACCACAACCAGGUUACCAAUUACAACGCGAUUGCAAACUACGACAAAAUUGCCAACUACAACGAGAUUGCCAACUACAACAACAUUGCCAACUACAACAAAAUUACCAACUACAACAAAGUUACGACCUCUAAACAAAUUUUCUCCAACAACUACAGAACAACCAUCUAAAAUUUCAAGUUUGACUAAGGUUACUUUAGAGAACUCUUUAAGUCAGACACAAACCCAGAGGACGCGUCCAACAGUAGUAUCGCGUGGAAAUGCGAAUGCUUACACCAGACAGCAGUCACAGAAUUUGUCAGGGUCAGAUGAUGACAAGGAAAAUAAUUAUUCAGAAAACUUCAAGAAUUUGGAAAACUCCUUAGGUCAGACACAAACUCAGAGAACUCGUCCAGCAACGGUAUCACGAGGAAAUGCGAUCUCUUACACAAGACAACAGCCAGAGAACACAUCAGGCUCAGAUGAUGAUGAGGAAGAAAAUUAUCCAGAACACUUUAAGAAAUUGCUUCGGCAGAAACAAGAAAAAGAAGGUUCUCUGAGUACAGCCACAGAAAAAGCCCGUCGAGUUGAACCAGUAAGACCACGAUUUAUUCCUCGUGAAAGACCAACACCACCGUCAUCAACCUCGACCACGACAAUAAGUAGCAGUGUGGGGUCGAAAGUGAAAUUGAGCGGUACAAGAGACAAUGGCAAUGUGAAUUUUCCGCCUAAACAAGCGCAACGUGUAAAAUUGGUGGAGAAUUUUAAUCCGGCAAUUGCUGUUGAUGGUGAUAAUUCGAUACCUCACACUUUUCCCACCACAACCACCACCACCACAACAACUACCCAAGAGACACCGAGAUUUUCGCCAUCACCAAAACGCUCCAAGGUUGUUGUCCAGGAAAGUUACUCACGCAUAAGUACACAGAGUUCGGUGGAAAGGAAGAAACCAACCAAGAACUGGGACGCACCAUCUGAUUGGAGGUCACGCACAAGGAAGCCAACAACUUCAACAGCGUUUAUACCAACGGCAACACCAACUACAACAUCUGAACUACCAGUGACUACGGCAAAAUUCGUACAUACCUUCAGCAAUAGUUUUAAUCCUUUCCCAAAAGACUUUGAUGAUUUCGGCACAUACACCCAUCAAUACAGUGGUCGAGUGACACCAACUCAGCCACACCAUCAAAAUCUGAUCCAGGGGAAUUAUGUAAAUUUUCACCUUCCCACAGUUUCACAUUCUUCAACGCUAUCAACAAUUCCAACAACAUCAUCGCGAUUUAGUUCACGCUACAGGAACGUUUACAGGGCACCAGCGAGUUCCUUUGUGUCCCAAAGACAUGGUCCAUCUGCAGCAAUUGGUCAUCCCGUUUACAUUCCCACAAUUCCAUCCAUACGCACCACCCAUUCCACAACACAACAACCGGAAUUUGCUGUAGGAGCACGCGGACCCCGCGGUGGUUUCAAUAGAGAUCCAUAUGCCUAUGAUUAUGAUUCGGAAUUUGCCGAGCGUCGUGCAGAUGGUCAGGGUGAAAAGCAGCCGUACAGUAGUGGUUUGACCCAGAGUCAAAUCAAUGUUGAGACAUCAAAUCAUUCACCGUCUGUGACGGUGUCAAUCUUCAGUGCCCUUGCGGAUAUACUCUCCCAGACAACAGAAAGUAUUGAAAUGUCGUCUAGCUCCACGGAAAAUCCCAUCAUUGGCGAUAGUAGCACAAAUAAUCGUAAGAAUACUGAAGACACCACUUCGUCGGUUACUUCACCAGUUUCUACUACCACGACAACAACUAGCACAACUACUUCCACAACCACUACAACCACCACCACCACAACUACCACAGAACCCACAACAACUGUGGCCAGUGGUACCACCACGGAACAGGUAGUGGAUAUGCCCAGUACCGUUUCAACACUCCUUGUACAUAGCAACGUGGGUGGGUUUGGCCAAAGUCACAAUGAGGAUGAAAAUGAAGUGUCAAGAGAUAACAUUCGGCAUCUUCGGAUGCCCGAUGUUGAUACAACAUCGCAAAUUCCCGAUACCUCAAUACCAGACACCACUACUUCCUAUAUCCCACAAGAAUCCACUGUUGUCACCACAGAAAGUAUCCUAUCAACUAUCACAACCCCUGUGGAAGAUGAUGUCCAAACGGACGUUAUCACCACAAUCCCUCCAAGCACUACACUUGAACCCACUGCCAUUAGCACAGACACCCCUGCUGAAACUAACACAUACUCACUAAUUGAAACUAGUACUACCACUAUGACACCAUCGGGAACACAAUCUGUUGUGGAUAGAGACGAUGAUGGCUUAGGUCGAACGGAUAGACCUACAACCAUGGUUGAUUAUACAACUUUGAUUACUAAAGAUUAUGAUACAAGCCUAGAGACAACUACUAGCUUCCCAUCCCGUUUCGGUGACUACCGUUUACCAGCUUUGCCACUAGGGAGUAUCAUCACAACCCGUAGUCUUUCGACAACAACACCACAACCGCCAUCAACAACCACAGUUCCGACAACAGCAACACAUAUCCCACGACGAAGGGAUUACGUGGUGUUUGGAAUUUUGCCAAACAACACCGUUGUCGCCAGGUAUCCGGAAGAAGAGGUAGUUCGAGAGGACCAGGGCAGUAAUUCCCUCAUCGUAUAUGGCAUCUAUCCCAACAACACUGUGGUUCGAAAGUAUCCCAAUGGCACAAUAGUACCGGAAAUCACUAAAAAUCAAAUACUAAUAACUGAUAUUGAUCCAAAGAGUCUCACAGAUCCCAAUAGUGAACUUCAUCGGCUCUUAAGUGAUCCCCAGAGUGUCACAACGAGUUCACCACAAAUCAUCAAUCUUCUGAGGCGUCUCAAUCAAUCUGAAGAGGCACGUGCUAAGACUGAUCACAUUAUCAGUUUAGUGCCUUCGAGAGCCGAGAACAUGGGCAAUGUGGAAAUUGUGACACCGGUUAGACCGAUUAGUACGCCGGCUACAACAACUACAACCACUACAACAUCAACAACCAAAUUCGUUAGUCCAGGAACGCAGAAGCCAACUAAUUAUCUCACUUUGGACAUCGAUCCACUGGCAAAUCAAGUGCGAACAGGAGUUGAUACUAAAUUAGAUGGAACAAUAUAUAAUUGGAAACCUGUCACGACGACAAAUUUACCAACAGAAACAAAAGUCACAGAAGAGAUCAAUACUGUAGUUCCGGCUCGAGAGAAAUCUGUUGUACAAUCGUUGACAACCUUAAAGUCACUUCUUGGCAUUGGUGGUACAGAAACACCAAGGGAUAGGGAUAAUUUAAUAUUCGAUGAAGAAACAUCACCACCAACAACUGUUGGACGAACAACAAAGCCAACAACGACGACAACAACAACAAGAUCAACUACCACACGACCUACAACAACCAAGAAACAGGCAACAAGGCGUAAAACUACAACAGCUAAGCCAACUCUGAGUGAAGAAGAGGAACGGGAAACAUUGGAAAAGAAUUUAGAGUAUUUGCAAACACUUCUAGGAUUAGUUACUCAGCCACCGAAGAAAAAGACAACAGGAAUUACACCAGGUACUACUUCUAGAUUGACUACAACCACAAUUCCAACUACAACUACAAGGAAAACUACCACAACUACAACAACUCCUUCUACUACAACGACACCUACAACUACAACCACGACAACUACUCCGACUACAACAACAACGACAACAACCCCUACAACAACAACAACAACCACAACUACAACUCCAUCAACUACAACGAGGAGGAGCACAACAAAGCAACCUGUUCGAACAACAACGCAUACCGAUUUUGAAGAUUUGGCCUUCCUCAAUAGACUAAGGCAACUGUUUCAAGUAGUCAGUCCAACAACAGCUCGGCCAAAAGCGAAGAAAACAACAAGUAGAACAACAACGACGACAACAACCACUACAACGACUACAACAGAAGAACCAUCCACUUCGAAGACUCACAAUUUAGAACUUUUAUUGAAACUCAACGAGGUUUCAGCCAGCACAAGUGCACCAUCUAGAAUUCCUACGGUGCAUACGGAUAAAGAGGAUAUUGAAUUCCUGAAUAGUUUGCGGAAUUACGCCAAUUUAAUCAACACGCCACGACCCUCACAGGGACCAACUUUAGCGAGUAGAAUUGUUGAAUUGGCUGUAAAUAGGAGUGGAAAGGCUGCUAGUGAAUAUCCAAGAGAUUCUGUUGCAACAACACCCAUAGUUCCUACAAAGGGCACAUCAACUGCAUCAACUACCAGCAAAGAUAGUCCUGAAUCUCUAAAAGAAGAUUUGCAAUCCGUUUCAAAGGAUUUGGAGUUGUUAUCUCAACUUCUUGGUCGUCCAGUGUCUCUGUCUGAUUUACCAAAUCUCACGAAGGAGUUCCCUUCAUCAACACGCUCAGCACUUGGAUCAGCAACAGCGUCAACAGCUUCAUCAACAUCAUCUCGAAGUACAACAUCAACUUCAAGUGAUAUUGGCAUUCGGCCAACGGAUUAUGGAAAGACAGAUGAUGCUAUUCUGGCGGCAGUUCUCAAACAGAGAGGCAUUGGUCCAUCUCACAACAGUGUUCCUAUUGAGGAACUCUUCCAAACACCAAGAACCACAACAGCGAGACCCAGACUAUUACCACCAACAUCAAGACGACCUAUACUCGAUGGACUGGCAUGGCUAUGGCGCACGUGGCAAGAUACAGCACCGCGUUCAAAUCGAGAACCAGCGCCACCAACUAGACCGAUUCUUCAAAUUUCUGGCUUCCAAGCCUAUCAAUCCACACAAGAUAACGAAAGUCCUGACAAUGGAGGCAUCGAUCAAGAUGCGAUUCCGAAUGCUUCUGUGCAUCAUUCUGAAUCACCUAUUUCUCUGCAGAGACCUUUGGAUGCAAACUAUGACUCGAAUCAAAGUAGUUCAGGAUUUGGCGUAGGUGGACAAUUACUUAACGCAGCAAUUGGCGUGACUCAGGCCGUGACACAAUUUCUGGGAGUCGCGUUUCAAGGAGCAACAAGAUCGUUCCAGAACGCUUUUAACAGCAAUCCAACAGAUGAUCGUUAUUACCGCUUGAGUGGAAGAUGAUAGAAUUUCCACAAUUCCUCUCUCAAUCUCUACGUCACUAGAUUUUUAAGGACUCGCAUAAGUUUUUUUUUGUGGUAAUGAGAAUUCAAGAAUGCGUUUUAGGAAUUUUUCUGUCAUAGGUAUACUGUUGUUUUAUGUAUAAAGAAGUUUUCUAUGUCGCCAACGAACGUGGAAGUCUUAAUCGAUUUUUAUGAUGAUUAUUUAAUUUUGUAGCAGAAAAUAAGAAUUUGAUGUGUGUAAAUAAUGUCUUAAGGAUAAGCAGAACUGAGAUAAAUUUGUGUAAUUACUGUUUUUCUUGUCUGAAGAAUCAGUAUAAAUUUACAUAUAUUUAAAUGUUUACGUCACGUAAGAUGCCAUUAGAUUUAGAGAAAAAAAGCAAAGGGACAGAUCGAUUAUGUUUCAAAUUUAGUGAAUAUGUUGUGAGCUAUAUACUUGCCUGAGCAUAAUUAAAAUAGGACAUCAAUUAA